AUGAUAAUGAGCCCAUUCUGCAUAGGGCCACCAGAUAAUGAUUUUGAUACUAGUUCAUUACAACGUUGUCGUGAUAUACUUUAUAUAAAUAUUUUUGAUGAACUUCAUGUUGAUCAACCAAAAACAGAUCAUGAACGUGAUCAAAUUAUACGAGAACGUAUUGCAAGAAAUUGGCUUGGAUCAAUUAAAAUUCCAUUUAGUAAUGUUUAUGUUAAUGGACGAUUAGAAGGUACUUAUCGUUUGGAUGUACCAACUCCAUUAUUAGGUUAUUCACGAGAUAAAGUAUCUGUAACAAAAAUGGAAGCAACUAAUGUGAUAUCACCAACUAGUGUACUUCGUAUGUUUAUUACAAUGGAACCACUUUUAGCACCACCAGAAGCAGUUCAACAAUCAUUCGAUAGUACAGAAUCACUUGAAUUAUUGAAUCAUGCCCGUUUCUGGGUUUCUGACUUAAAUCAAAAAUUUCCUAAUCGAGAUUAUAAAGCAACAGUAUCAGAUAUAAAUGGUCGAGCAGUAUUUAUACCGCGUUUUCUUCGUCCAUUACCAUUACCACCACUUGGUUUAACAGGAACAGAUGGAACAUCAGCAGCGGCUGCUGGAGUUGGAGUAGAUAAUCAAAUCAUAUGUCAACAAUUGGCUCGUUUUGUUUCAUUAAUUCCAUUUCUUUCUGAUACAGUUAUUUUUCCAGGACUAUGUGAUAUUUGGGAAACAUCUGACCAAUUUUUACGUACAAUGUCUGGUGAUGACGAAGAACAUGCUGUUUUAUUAAAUAAUUACUUUUUAACAUUGAAUAAAAAUAGUUGGAUAGCUAUGGGUGUAUCAAUUUAUAGUGGUCCAUGUUGUUUUGUUUUAACAAAAGAACCAGGGCAGCGUUAUGCAAUUUGUUGGAGUGUAGCUGAUGGACGUGAUGCAUCAACAAUUGAUACAUGGAAUCCAAUUCGGAGUAUAUAUUUAUUAGCAAAUCAAGAAAAUAUAUGGGCUAAUAUACAAGAACAAGAUAUACCAUCACGAAUGAAUUUUGACGUAGAGAAUUCAAAAAAUUGGCGACCAUUCUUUAGUCGUUCAUUUCCACGUGAUACUUUACCUUGGACUUCUGUUCAGCCAAGCGAUUUACAUUAUGAAAAUACACGUACUGAAGAUGUUAACAUACUUCACGUUCAAAUUCAAGAUAUGUUACGUCGAAAAAUGGUUGAUUGGCGAGAAGCAAAUGUUACAUCCUGGCAUCAUGUAUUUCAAAAACGUCUUCAAGAUAUCAUUAAGAGGGGAUCUAUUGCUAAUGGAACAGACAUUGAAGCCGUAUUAGCAGAAUUUCGAAACACAUAUAAUAUUGUUGGAUUUGCAAUUCAAAUGCCGUAUACUACUAUCCAAGCAAUAGUUGAUACAGUUUAUUCAACAAAUAUUUACAAACAUGCAACAAAUGAUAUUCAAUUUGCAUUAGCUGUUCAUAUUCAUCCAUAUCCAAAUAAUAUACUUGCUGUUUGGAUUUAUAUGGCACAUUUAACACCAAAAUAA